UUGGAUGUGAUCCUUUCACAGGACAAGUCGCUCCUCCCUCACAGAGGACAGGUCAAAGAUGGCGUCGAUUAGGUGUUUUCUUCGCUCCGGGAAGAGUGCCGUCUCGGUGGUCCUGCGUAGAGAGUUCAGCAAGACUUCUCCAGCGGCUGUGCAGGUGAAUGUCCGAGAUGCCCUCAACCAGGCGAUGGAUGAGGAACUGGAGAGGGAUGAGAAAGUCUUCCUUCUGGGGGAGGAGGUGGCCCAGUAUGAUGGAGCCUACAAGGUGAGCAGGGGACUGUGGAAGAAAUAUGGAGACAAACGAAUCAUCGACACGCCAAUCACAGAGAUGGGCUUUGCAGGCAUUGCCGUUGGUGCGGCAUUCGCUGGGCUGAGGCCAAUCUGUGAGUUCAUGACCUGGAAUUUCUCCAUGCAAGCCAUCGACCAGGUGAUCAACUCCGCUGCUAAGACCUACUACAUGUCAGCCGGAGCCCAGCCUGUCCCCAUUGUGUUCCGCGGUCCCAACGGCUCCUCUGCAGGUGUGGCAGCCCAACACUCCCAGUGUUUCGCUGCCUGGUACGGCCACUGCCCCGGCCUCAAAGUAAUCAGUCCCUGGAACUCUGAGGACGCCAGAGGACUCCUCAAAGCAGCUAUCAGGGACAACAACCCUGUGGUGUUCCUGGAGAAUGAGCUGAUGUAUGGUGUGCCCUUUGACCUCUCUGAGGAGGUUAUGCACAAAGACUUUGUCUUACCUAUUGGAAAGGCCAAGGUGGAAAGACAAGGAACUCACAUCACUCUCGUGUCACAUUCCCGGUGUGUGGGGUUCUGCCUGGAUGCUGCGGCCGUCCUGGCUAAAGAGGGGGUUGAAUGUGAGGUGGUUAACCUGCGUACCAUAAGACCUCUGGAUGUGGAGACCAUUGAGGCCAGCGUGAUGAAGACUGGCCAUCUGGUCACGGUGGAAGGAGGCUGGCCCCAGUACGGAGUAGGGGCUGAGAUCUGUGCCAGGAUCAUGGAGGGCCCAGCCUUCAACUACCUGGAUGCCCCUGCAGUCCGCGUGACCGGUGUCGACAUCCCCAUGCCCUACGCUAAGAUCCUGGAGGACCACAGUGUACCUCAGAUCAAAGACAUCAUCUUCACAGUCAAGAAGGUCUUGAAUAUGUAAACAUACCAAUGUCUCCCUCCCUCUCCCACCGUGUCUCCCUCCCUCCCUCUCCCACCGUGUCUCCCUCCCUCCCUCUCCCACCGUGUCUCCCUCCCUCCCUCUCCCCACCGUGUCUCCCUCCCUCCCUCUCCCACCGUGUCUCCCUCCCUCCCUCUCCCACCGUGUCUCCCUCCCUCCCUCUCCCACAGUGUCUCCCUCCCUCCCUCUCCCACAGUGUCUCCCUCCCUCCCUCUCCCACAGUGUCUCCCUCCCUCCCUCUCCCACAGUGUCUCCCUCCCUC